CCAGAGACAGAGAGGCCGGAAGUUGUCCCCGCCGGACCGCUGGGCUGUCGGGUAGCGGACCUGAGGCGGCUUUAACCACAUCUGCCGACAGUUUGGCGUGGUUGUUGUGGCCAAGGGUCAGCGUGAGGGGCUCUGGGGUUCUGAGCGGGACAAUGGCGUCUCGGGCAGGCCCGCGAGCGGCCGGCACCGACGGCAGCGACUUUCAGCACCGGGAGCGCGUCGCCAAGCACUACCAGAUGAGCGUGACCCUCAAGUAUGAAAUCAAGAAGCUGACCUACGUGCAUCUGGUCAUAUGGCUGCUGCUGGUUGCCAAGAUGAGCGUGGGACACCUGAGGCUCUUGUCGCACGAUCAGGUGGCCAUGCCCUAUCAGUGGGAGUAUCCCUAUCUACUGAGCAUUGUGCCCUCCCUCUUGGGCCUCCUCUCCUUCCCUCGCAACAACAUCAGCUACCUGGUGCUGUCCAUGAUCAGCAUGGGGCUCUUUUCCAUCGCUCCCCUCAUUUACGGCAGCAUGGAGAUGUUCCCUGCAGCACAGCAGCUCUACCGCCAUGGCAAGGCCUACCGCUUCCUCUUUGGUUUCUCGGCCGUCUCCGUCAUGUAUCUGGUGUUGGUGCUGGUGGUUCAAGUGCAUGCCUGGCAGUUAUACUACAGCAAGAAACUCCUAGACUCUUGGUUCACCAGCACACAGGAGAAGAAACGUAAAUGAAGCCUGCCUGACAGACUGCAGUGUGAGGCGAAGCCUGGGCCUCCCUCCCAGUGGAGUGAGAGGGCAGAGGAGCUGUUCUAAAAUCUCCGGUGAUUUUGGCAGCGGCUAUGUUGGCACCUAGUGCAAGCUAGGCCCAAAUUCUGGAAAGCCCCGUCUGUUGCCAUCAGCUGGUGGUGAAACUGUGUUCAGUGUAUUCAUGGUUGGUGGAACUAGGUGAUCAGCAGCUGUGAAACAAACUUCAGCUGGUUGAAGUUGAGGUCCUUCAAGGUUUUUCUUUUAAGACUGAGCUUCAUCCUUGCCUCUUCCUGGUCAUUCUCUCCACUUCCAUCCUUCACCCCUUAGCCACCGAGACCGAAGGAGAUAGGGAGUAAAUCAAAUUCUGCUUCCAUCUAUAGGUCACGGGGCAGGAAACAUUUGGGAGGCUGCUUCCCCUGCAAGCUGUGGUCUCUACUGUGAAGCAGUUUAAUUAAAAAGACCCUUAAUAAAGUAACAGCUGCCUUGUC